AUGGUGCUCGACGCGCCCGAGGAUGCUGUGGAUGGCGCAUUGGGCGCGGAGAGCGGCCACAGCAAUCGCGACCGCGACCACCACAGUGACGCAAAUAGCCACCCACACAGCGACGACAACGCCAGCGACGACAAUCCCAGCGACGACAAUGAAGACAACGACGACGACGACGACGACAACAACGAUGACGCCCCCGUCGCCCUCAUGGUCACGUCGCGCGCGCGGCGCGCCAACGCCGGCAACCGCAUGUCGACGCUGCUGGCCACGGCCGCCGAGGCCGAGGAGUGGGGGGAGGAGUGGGAGGAGGUCGCCAACGAGGAGGAGUUCAAGGGCGGCGACGUCAACGAGGCCGAGGACUACAACAUGGACUCGUCCGAGUCGGAGGAGGACAACGAGCCCGCCGACGACGACGAGGGCGAGAAGGAGCUGCGCAAGGCCGAGCGCCGCGAGCGCAGCAAGAAGCGCAAGGCCGCCACCAACCCCUUCGCCGCCCGCGCCGCUGUCGCCGCCCGCAAGCGCGUCAAGAUCGACCCCGAGUCUGCGCCCGCCCGGCCGAAGAAGAAGUCGGAGCGCGCGUCCUGGAUCCCCACCGAGGAGGACGGCCCCAUCCGCACCUCGUCGCGCCGCCAGACGGUCGCCAACAAGGAGAGCACGCUGGCCAAGCUGCAGGAGAAGGACCGCCGCCGCGACGACACCCUGGCCAUGAUGAAGGCCGCCGAGGCCCGCAAGAAAAAGGACGAGCCCAAGCCGCUGACCCAGGCCGAGCGCCUGGCCGAGGCCGCGCGCCAGGAGCGCAUCAACAAGAAGACGCUGCACCGCUGGGAGGAGGCCGAGGAGGCACGCGCCGCCGAGCGCCAGGCCAAGAUCGACGCCCUCAAGAACCGCCAGAUCGAGGGGCCCUUCAUCCGCUACUACAGCGGGCCGGCCGUCUACGUCGACGACAAGCUCAAGUACGCCGGCAAGGACGCCCCGACCGUCGAGCAGCUGGAGGAGAAGCUCAACAAGGAACCACCCGACACACAGCCUGCUGAAACCGCUGACCCGCAGACACCGCGCGAUGAACAACCUGCUCAACCGCCCAUGAGCUCGCCCGAGAUGUUCUCCAUACCUGCCUCACAGUCCAUCCAGCCCGACACGCCGCUGCCGUGGGCGUCCGGGUCGCACGCCGCCACCAGCGACGUCUUCAUGGGCGGUGACGUGUUCAUGGGCUCGUCGCACAACCUGCCCUACAGCACCCCCGCCACCGACGACACCCCCACCAUGUUCGCCCCGCCGCAGAACCAAGACUCCUUCCUCUACGGCAUCGACCAAUACGCCACCCCGCAGCCCGCGCCCUCCACCCUCCCCCCAAACCCCUUCACCCAGCCGCAAAACCCUCCACCCGCCUCCACCCCCCUCCCCCCGCGCCGCCGCACAAUCCGCCGCACAAACCUCACCCUCAUCACCCUCUUCUCCCCCGCCCUCGCCCCGCCCACCCGCCGCCCCCUCCCCGCCCUCAAAGACCGCGACCGCCCCGCCCUGCUCGCCCUGUGCAGCACCCUCUUCGCCUGGUCCCCCGCCGACGCCUCCGCGUUCCUGUCCUCCACCCUCGCCCUGCACGCCGCGCGCACCCACAAAGCGCGCCUUGCGCACCAGCUCGCCCUGCACCCGCCGCCGCCGCGCUGCGCCGUCACGAACAAAGUCGCCCGCUACCGCGAUCCGGAGACGGGGAUCGUGUACAGAGACGCGCGCGCGUUCGGGGUGCUGAGGGGCGUCGUGGGCGGGGGGUUCGUGUGGGCCGGCGCGCUCGGGUGCUAUGUCGGCGGGCGCGCGAUGCCGUUGCAGGGCACCGGGGGCGUGGGCUUUCUGGGGAUGCCGGCGGUCAAGGGUGUUCCGGGGCGGUUUCUGGAGAUGGCGCGGGGGAAGGAGGGCGGCGGGAGUGCAGGGGGGAGUGCAAGUGCAGGCGCAGGAGCGAGUAGCGUGAAGACGGAAACAGAGACGCCGGGGUCAGCGGCCAUGACUCCCGCUGCGCCUCCUGCGACUAGAACUGCUGCGCCGGCGCCGUGA